AUGGGGGGGAAGAGUUAUCCGCCGCACUGGGAUCGUAAUCACAUUAACAAUUUUGAGACAGUUUUUCAUUUCGCAUUAAUUAGAAGUUUAUCACGGUUAUUAUCGAAACAAAGCGGAGAUUCGACUCAUAGCAGAUUUUAUUGCUAUCGGUGCUUAAAUCAUUUUUAUUCACAACAAACUUUAAAUAAACACAUAUUUAGUUGCAGAAAAUUAAAUAAAACCAAAAUUACGCUCCCGACUGAACAAGAGAAACACGUAACAUUUUCGCAUUUUAAAAAUAAAGAAAAAGUACCGUUUGUUAUUUACGCGGAUAUCGAGUGUAUUUUACAAAAAUACGAAGAUUCCGCUGCGACGGGAAACAUUAAAAAAUAUCAAAAACAUAUUCCUUGUAGUAUUUCUUAUUAUCUGUUGUGCAGUUACGAUAAUAAUCUUUCCAAAUUUAACUUGUAUACGGGUAAAGAUUGUAUGAGCUGGUUUUGUCGACAAUUACAAGAACUGGCCCUACAAUUAAAUCCUAUAUUUAACAAUGCUGUUUCAAUGACACCUUUGACUGAACAUGAAAAAGAAUCAUUUUAUACAUCAACCACAUGUCACAUUUGUUCAAAACCAUUUACCGAAAAUGAUUUAAGAGUAAAAGAUCAUUGUCAUUUCACGGGAAAAUAUCGAGGAGUUGCUCAUUCUUCUUGCAAUCUUAAUUACAAGGACGAUCAUAUGAUACCCGUGGUAUUUCAUAACUUAGGAUACGAUCUACACUUUUUUAUUAAAAACUUGGCAACUGAAAUUCCCGGUUCGGUAAUAUUACUACCUCGUAACAAAGAAAAAUAUAUAUCGUUUACAAAAUAUAUCGAAAACACGAGCGUUAAUUUUCGAUUUUUAGAUUCGUUCAGAUUUAUGGCUAGUAGUUUGGAUAAGUUAAGUUCUUAUUUAGACCCUAGCGAAAAAAACAUUACUAGAAGCUUUUGCGAAAAUCUCGAAGAAUUUCAGUUGUUACAGAAAAAGGGAGUCUUUCCGUAUGAAUAUCUAGAUGAUUGGGAAAAAUUGAACGACGUCGAAUUGCCCCCGAUUGAAAAUUUCUAUAGUAACAUUCUAACGUCGAGUCACUGA